AUGUUACCACACCAGCUUUCGAAGAUGCAAUCGACAAAUAUUGGGUCUCCGGCAUAUGCGGAGAUAAAGACAGAAAAGUCUCCACUUCUCCCUGCUUAUAACAGAUCAGAUGGAUUGCCCUAUGAUCACGAAGUUGAGAUUUAUAAGGAAAUCCAGAAUUAUUAUGACAGCGGCCAAUAUGACGAGGCCGGUAUCUCCUCACCACAAUCCCUCAGCAGUUCCACCAAAUGGAAGAAGUUUUUACUACCAUUCAUUUAUACCGUUGCUCUUACUACAGCUACGUUCUUACACCAAAGUAUCUUGGGUGAAAAGAAUGUCCCGUAUUUUUUGAUGGCGGUGUAUAAUACUAUCGCAGUGGUAGUGGCGGCUUUUGGGAUUACUUAUAAUUCUUGUAGACAACAAAUUAAUCUUGCCAGAGAUGCAGAGAAUUAUAAAUCCGUAGGAAUAAGGCAACUAGCGCAGGACCGAUCGGAUCGCUGGAAGCUAUUUGCUUUUGUCUUUUUAUAUAUGGCAUCCGAAGAAGGGUUUUGGUUUUCACAGUCUUCAUUGGAUUUGUUUCGGCAAAGGGUCGCGUAUUUAGCAUACCCGCUGUUUGUGGCCCUUUUCACUUUGGAGUGGGUAUUUUCGGGGAAGAAAGAGAGGCUGGUUAAGGGGGUUGAGAAGAAGGAUUUGCAAAGAUUAAAGAUGGCAGUUGUGGUAGGAGGGUUGGGAGUCUGUUGGAGUUAUCAGACGAGUUUUGAGUGGUGGGCGUGUAUGGUUGGAGUGGCACUUUUGGGAUUCAAGUUCACAAAAUGCGCCAGAACUGGUCAUGUUGGCGGGGAGUGCGGUGUCGUUUAG